UUCGGGUCGUCGGGAGAAACUCGGCAGAAGCCGCUGGAGGGCGGGGCGGAGUAAUAGCGACGCGUGGGCGGAGCCAUCCCUGAAGUGUUACCUUCCUCCUUCCGCCCGCAGGAGCCGAGCGCACUGAUGGCGGGCUUGGAGGUGCUCUACGAGUCGGCGGCGCCGUCCAUCACCUGCACGCAGGACGCGCUGGUCUGCUUCCUGCACUGGGAGGUGGUGACGCACGGCUACUACGGCCUGGGUACCGGCGACCAGCCAGGUCCCAGUGAUAAGAAGUCAGAGCUGCUGCCAGCUGGGUGGAACAACAGUAAAGACCUGUAUGCCCUCCGGUAUGAGUCCAAGGAUGGCUCCAGGAAGCUCCUUGUGAAAGCCAUCACCAUGGAGACCAGCAUGAUCAUCAAUGUGCUGGAAUAUGGCUCGCAGCAGGUGGCAGACUUGACCCUGAACUUGGAUGAUUAUAUCAGUGCAGAAGACCUGCGUGACUUCCACAGGACCUACAAGAACAGUGAGGAGCUCCGGUCUCGGAUCCUGUCUGGAAUCAUCUCACCCAUCCAUGAGCAGUGGGACAAGGCUAGUGUGAGCAGUCCCCAUCGGGAGUUCCCCCCUGCCACAGCCAGAGAGGUGGACCCCCUCCGGAUUCCCUCUCACCAUCCGCACACCAGCCGGCAGCCUCCCUGGUGUGAUCCCCUGGGCCCAUUUGCUGUCGGGGGAGAAGACCUAGACCCUUUUGGGUGUCGGAGAGGUGGCAUGGUUGUGGAUCCCCUGAGAUCUGGUUUCCCGAGAGCUCUUAUUGACCCAUCGUCAGGCCUCCCAAACCAUCUUCCUCCAGGCGCUGUGCCCCCAGGAGCUCGCUUUGACCCCUUUGGGCCCAUUGGGACCAGCCCAUCUGGACCGAACCCAGACCAUCUCCCCCCGCCGGGCUUUGAUGACAUGUACCUGUGAAGGCCUCAAGAAUGUAACAUCCCAGCCUCCUCUCCACUCUCCUGGAGCUGCCAUCGCCGGCCCCACCAGCAACCGUGUUCUUGCGGGCUCGGGGCAAGGGACUCUGCCCAUGUGUUUGCAGGCUGGCUGGGAUUGCCUCCCCGACCCUUAUCAGAGCCAAGGUACAGCAGCCCUCCACCUGGCUGCACAUAGGUCCCAAAGAGAAAUCAGCGUGUCUCUCCCACCACGAGAGAGACUCAGGCAACAUACACCCUCCACCUGAUGCUAUAAGAACAGAACGCAUUUUGGAUGUUAUUAUUGAGAACCAAAUGUCAAUACAGAGUCCGUGUUGCCAGUCUCCCAAUUUUCUUUCUACAUUAAUGCAUAGCUCCUUCCAGUUUUGAGAAUUUAGGCUCUGAGACUAUAGGACUGAAUAGCUCCUCCCAUCUGAACCCAUUCUUCCCGACCUCCCCUUUCAUGUCACUGUUGCUCCUGACGUUACUGAGAUGAAUCUAGCUACAUGGAUGGCAGUGAGUGACUGUAGUUCCCAUAGGUCACAAGGAUGACUCUCACAAGGACAGGCACGUUGUGCAAAGACUGUACCAUUGUGAUGAGAGCAAAAUCUCCUGGCCAUUCCUGUUCUGGGCCAACCCUCUGGAUCGCCUGGGCCUGGACAGCAGUGGCCUAUAAGCAGAGGAAUAAACAGAAUUUAAUCACAUUUUGCCCCAUAACUUACUGAGUGAUCGGAAGGAAGUCCCUUCUUUAGGGCUUUGUCCCCACCUGUGAAAUUGGAGGUGCCUUUCCUGCUCUCCGAUAUUCUGGUGGGUCUUCCCAUGAGUGGCCACAACCCCUAGGAUUGGGCAGAGGAAAAGAGUGAAAACUCAAGGUCUGUGUGGCAUCUGUAAUGGCGUUAUUUGUCCCUCUGGGGACCUAGACAAAGCAUAGGAGAAUGGACUCCAUCCAAACGUGGCCUCAAACUUUGGGAGGAGCAGGGAGCCCCAGCCUCCGGAAGCUGUGUGCUGUGUCCUGUGUCUGGCCCUCCUGACCUCUGCCCUUCGCCAGCUCCUCUGAAGCUGGAGCCCGACGGGCGUGUGCGGGGCUGAGGCCAGUGCUGCGGUGGGAAGAGCACCAGAGAGCACAGGCGGAGGCGCGAAGUCAAGGCCCUGUGCACUUUGUGCAGACAGUAUUUCAACAUGCCUGGGUCGCUUUCCCUAAAUUAGGACAUGUCAUUCCCCUGUAGACAGCAGCUGGACACUGUAGCUUUUCUGAGGUGUCAGCUAGGCUGGAUUUUGUGGCCUAAGAUUCCCUGUCUGUCUGCUUAGCCCCAAAAUGCAUAGGGUAAACCACUGACCAGCACAGGAGGGCCAGCCUCAGGUCGAGGUAGAGGCUGGCCUGGGGGGGCAGGCUUGCAUGAGCAGGUACCCUGGUAUUUCCAGCAAGCCCCACUAUACGCAUUGACAUAGUAAAAGACCCCAGAGACAGGGAGCUGACCACUUUGAAGUCUUUAAAACAUCUCCGCUAUGAGGAAAGACCCAGGCAUCAGGCAAAGAUGUAACCACCAUCAUUGCUCAUAGUCUUCCUUAGGGUUGGCAGACUGGAAUGUUCGUUUUUGUUUUGGAAUUGGACCAUACCUGCAACCAAGGGGCUUGGAGCACUUUGCUCAUAAAACUACAACAGCACCAGGCAUGGUGGCACAUGUAAUAAUCCCAGCGGCUCAGGAGGCUGAGGCAGGAGGAUCACAAGAGCAUAGGAGAAUGGGCUCCAUCCAAAUGUGGCCUCAAACUUUGGGAGGAGCAGGGAACCCCAGCAACUCAGUGAGAUGCUGUCUCUAAAUAAAAUACAAAAUAGGGCUGGGGAUGUGGCUCAGUGGUCGAGUGCCUCUAAUUCAAUCCCCGGAACCCCCAAAAAAACCCUACAACAGCUCCAGGUGUGGUGGCACACGCCUUUACAGCAGCUUGGGAGGCUUGAGGCAGGAGGAUUGUGAGUUCAUACCAGCCUCAGCAACUUAGCAAGGCUCUAAACUUGGUGAGGCCCUGUCUCUAAAUAAAAUAGGAAAAAGGGCUGGGGAUGUGGCUCAGCGGUUAAGUGCUCCUGGGUUCAAUUCCUGGUACCAAAAAAAAAAAAAAAAAAAAAAAGCAGCAAUUAUUGAGAGAAGCAUUUAAAGGGACAUCAGACACAGGGAAGGUAGAUAACUUAGGGCCCUGAUUCAAGGAAAAGAUAAAUUUAAAACAAAUUUGCCAUUUUUUAAUAAUGUACAUAAUUCUGUUUUCUAAAAAGAGAAAAUUUAGUGAUUCAUCUACAGAACUAGCCAUUUAGUGUGGAUCUCCCAGACAGUGUCCUAGAUGUCAUGUGGGGGGAGUGAACGGGACCGUGAGGAACUUCCUAGUCAAGCUUUUGGGCUUGUUCUGUUCUGGGCCACUCUUCUAACCAUGGGAAACCCACACGGAGCAAAUGGGAAUGUUUCAGUGUGUAUCUUACAGAACCUCCAAAAUUGGAACCUGAACAAUAAACAUCAGCCAUUAAUAAUAA